CAUGGCCAGAGCGAGGUGGUGUUGUUGAAGAAGAAGACCAUCACUAUUUGGUUGCGGGUAAUAAAUAUAUAUAUAUAUAUAUAUUUAUAUAUAUAUUUUUUAAAUGUUCUAAAUUAAUGAAAGCCAGAAUAAUGUCCCGACUUUUUUGCCUUGCUUGUUAGCUUUAAAGCGGAAUCUCGCGCACUCUUGAACCGCAUCAGUCUGACAGACUUGUUGUUGUCUUUUUACGCAUUAUUCGGCUGCUUUACAAACUAGCACUUAAACUUGGGGAAAUAGCUGCGUGGCUAGCUCACUAGCCAUCUCGCUUGCUCGCAAUCUUACAUAUUUAGGAAUUUUGAUUUUUUUGUAAAUAUAUAUAUUUAUACAUAACGUAAUAUGAAGAGUUUAGUGAAAGUUUCGCUAAGUACCAAAACUACUUCUGGCUGGUGUUAGAAGCGCGGCGGUUAAACCUGUCGGAGCUAGUCCUCAACUUACUUGAGCAAUAACCCGACUAACUAGUUAGGGGAGUUUUUGUACAGCGUGUCCUAUGAUCAACCCUUGCAAGUUCUAACAGGAUGCGACUGAUAAGGGACCACUUGAAAUAAUUCCUGCUCAGUUAUCGAAAAGGCGGCUUUUAAAUUGGACCGGGCACUUUUAGCGUGCGGCCUGCUGGUCAGGCUUUCGCCGCGUUAAAUUUAAAGCGCACGCCGCUGCGGAGCGCGUUCAGCCCGGCUGCCUGCUUCAAUCGUACUCCGGCCUGCCAACGAGCCAUGGAGAGAAUGGAAGUGGACCAGUGCGCAGGCGCAGCUGGAGGGAACGGGGGCGGGGCUUUACGGAGGUCCAACAGCGCCCCUAUGAUCACUAAUGUCAGUGAUGGAAUGACAGUGUUCAGCUCAAACACUUCGGGCCGGUAUCGUCGGAGCAGUGUGUCUGUAAACCCAAGCUGCCCCUCUAGAACCCUGCCUUUUUCACCGUUCUCCUUGUGCAGUGAGAGACCAGAUCACAGACGGCAGAUGGAGAAUAUGGAGCUCACUCUCAGAGGGAGUUUACAGAGACUAAGUGCCUCAGCUACAGUCCCCUCACCUCCUGGAGCUCAUUGGCACGGGCAUCUAUCACCAGAUUUCCAUUCCCAAGACUCUGGAGUCACUCCAAAUUCCUCCCCGAGUCCAACAAGAAGGUUCAGGGGGGGCUCGGUGAGUUCAUCUGUGAGAUGGCCAGUGGUUACACCUUUAAAACGAAAAGGUGGAGUAGAAUCUGACGGUCCGCCUAAAAAGCUCUUUGUUGCUGGAGUUACAGAUCCUGCUCACAUCACUAGUUGCACUGUCAGUGUUUCCCAGUCAGCGGACUCCCCCUCAAGCGCCGUACCCAUAUGCCCAAGCCCUCAGAACAUCGCACUCUCGCUUUCUCCUCCCUCACCGUUUACAUCCCAACACCCCAGCAUCUAAACCACACCAGGUGCACCAACUGGCAGAGCUGGGACGUUUCUGUCUUUACACUCGCCAUUUCCUGGGCUCUGUUCAGAACCAUCAGCUCUCCAUCUCACUACUUGGUGCUUUGAGUAAUGUAUUCAGUUCCAUAUUAUUUGCUGAAAAACGUUUCCGAGGAAACUUUUAAAGAAGGUUUUCCGUCAUAAGAGUGAGGAUGGAAUACGUCUCAGUGCCUGGAAUGGUGCAGUGCUGCCCAGUAUCAGGGCAAGGGUUUUUGUGAAAGUGUCAGGAUUUACAAUCAUGAUCAUGAUAGUGUUCUAGUGAUCACAUUCACACGCAAGGAUUGCCUGUGAGCAUGAAAAUAGACUUCUGUUUUCGGCUUUAGUCUUCAGCAGGUCCAGAACAUGUUUUUAAAAAUCUCAUCCACAACUUUUAAGGUCUUCCAAACAGUAUUUUUAUUUUUUUUUUUAAACAAAACUAUCCUUAGAUCAGUAGACUGUUCGGGCCACAAUCGUGUUCCUAUAUGCUUGGUGUAUGUUUUACAGCUUAGUUUUAUGU